AUGCCCGAACUUUUGACAGAAUUCGAGCAGGCUAUUCAUACGCCCUUACCCCCUUCAGUUUCAUCCCUCAACAUCAGUGAAGUGGAAGUGUCACCAGCUGAGGAUGAGUUUGAACUGCAGGACCUCAGCCUGAUCGAGUUUAGGACUACCUCAUCUAUCGAGAGUCUUCCGCAACGAAAUGUUUCGGAGCUCGCUCCCACGGAUGGAGGAUACAAGGCCUGGUCAUUCUUAGCGGCGUCAUUCGUGGUUGAGGCCGUAGUAUGGGCCUUCCCUACUUCCUUCGGUGUAUUGCUCAGUGCAUACCUGCAUGAUGCCAAACUCGCAUCGCAAUCAAAAGCAUCAGAGAUUCUUCCCCUGGUAGGAACGUUUUCUUCUGGUAUUAUGUAUUGUUCAGGUAGCACAUUCAUUUAUCCCUUCUUACAUCGCUACCCGAAGCAACGGCGCACUUGCGUUUACGCUGGUCUACUGUUAUGCUUUGCCAGCCUGUUUGGUGCUAGCUAUGCAACGAAGGUCCGAGAUCUGUUGAUACUACAAGGUCUGCUCUAUGCAAUUGGAGGGUCCCUACUCUACGCUCCAUGUAUUUCGUACAUGUCAGAAUGGUUUGUACGGAAACGCGGACUUGCUAAUGGAAUUAUGUUUGCCGGGACCGCAGUUGGAGGUUUAUUCCUGCCACUAAUCAUGCCACUCCUAGUGAAUUCAUAUGGACCAUCGAAAACUUUAAGGAUUCUCUCCGUUGCUGUACUUGUAUUGAUCCUACCUGGAACUCCGUUCCUUCGACCACGACUCCCGGAGACCCGUGUAUACGGCCCUGGAUCUCGUUCAGAAGCCGGGGAUGAGGGAUUCCGGAAAUGGAUGCUGAACCCUUCAUUUAUGCUGUGUGUGCUUGCCAACAUGUUGCAAGGCUUCGCAUAUUUCCUUCCUAUCCUCUGGCUCCCAACUUUCGCAUCCGAGCUGCGUCUAAGUGAUACUCAAUCAUCAGUAGCAGUAGCAUUAUUAAAUGGUGCAUCUGUUCUAAGCCGUGUUGGGAUGGGUACCCUAGCGGACAGUGUCAACCCAUGGGUUAUAGCUCUGAUAACAACUUUUCUUACCUCCUUCGCGACGUUUGUUCUUUGGGGUAUUUUAUCGAGUAGCUUUGCUGGAGUACUUGCCUUUGGGAUUACAUAUGGAGCUUUGGCUGGAGGCUGGUCGAGUCUCUUCACGGGGUUCAUUCAGCCGAUCGCAAAGGAGAAUCCAGCGCUGACCACGACUCUAUUCGGCGUUUUUCUGCUGACACGUGGUAUAGGGAAUAUCCUGUCCACGCCGAUAUCCACGGCUCUGUCGGACAUAAGUGCUAUGUCUGCAGCUACAGGAGAAUCAGUAGGCAACGGCCGUUAUGCUAAGAUGAUUGUAUAUGUUGGGACAUGUUUCGCUGGAGCAGGGGUUAUUGCGGUUUUCGGCUUGGGAGUGGACGUCUACGGAAGACGAAGAAGUGCAAGAAUGAGGUAA